AUGGUACCAUUCACCCGUAGACCUGCUCUCUCUGGACACAUCCCCCGUCUAGAGAUCACUGUGUCUUUCCACAGCGAGCAUACUGCAUACUGCAUUGGUGGGAUGAAGAGUCAAGUCAUUGCCGACCGCAAGAAAACGGCCGCACAAGCUGCUCUUGGAAAGGAGCUCAAAGAAAGAACUCCUACCAUCAUUUCUGAGCUAAAAGAGCUCAGACGCAAGAUCAAUGACCUGGAGAAGCAAAAAGAUGCGCUUCGGAAAGAGUUGGAUGACAACAAGGCUGCCAACAAACUCAUUCCAAUGAGCGAUGUUGACGAUGUUGAGAUGUAA